CUCGACACUCGACGUCGCGAUAUCGUCGGGCGGUUGUGAAUAAUUUUUUUUUUUCACCACUAAAUACAGUGCUGGUGAUUUUUAUUUUAUUUGAAAUUGAAAAGAAAAAAAAGGCCAAACACCUGGAUUUUAACGCUGCAAAACUGUUGAGUGUUGAUAUUUCUUUUAUUUUUUAUGGGUUGUUAAUUUGAACGUUGUUUGAGAGACUAUUAUUGGGAAUGUGCGGUUAAUAUUUUUGGAUGAAUGAGAGUAGCUGAGGGUGAUAAAAACGAAACGUACAUAAAAAUUGAGAUUGCCAGCGUGAAGAAACAACGUGCCUUUUUGUGUGCUGGGUGAUAUAAUAAAAAAAAGAGGAGAGGCUGGUGUUUGUGCGGUUAAUCUUCCGGAGGACGUCAUUUGCCGGUGAACAAAGUAAAAUAACAUAGCUGUGUUAUCCCGGGGAAUAAUAGGAUUGUGGCCGUCGGUCGGAGGUGGCCCUGGGUGAUUCUUCAUUAUUUUUUUCUCUUCCAAUCUCUUUUUUUUUCCGCUGGAAAAAUUGAGAUCCCGUCGGGGAAGCCAGAGAGCAAUCGACCAUUCCUCGUGCCCCAGCACUGACAGCUGAGAAUUCAGGGCAAUUUUUUUUUUUUCAAAUUGAUCAAGCAUUUGUCACGAUCAAUCAGACCUCGUUGAUUAAUUACCAAAUGCCUCGAGGGCUGGGCCACGUGUAAAGCAUAAGAUAAUAAAAAUAAGAGGGUGACAGUUCUGGAUAUAAUGUACAUUGGUCCGAGUACUGAACACCUGAUUUUUAUUGACAGCAAUAUUUCAUAAUCAUUAUAAUACAACGUAAUGAUAAUAAUCGUGGAGAGGAACUAUUGAGUGGAGCUGAAUGAUUAUAAAUAGUUGGUGAUAUCCUGAGGAGGAGAAAUUGGGGAAUGGAGGGCGUGUGAGGCCUGGAAAAAGGACAGGAAAAAAAAGGAACGAAAGAGGAGAAAGAGUAAAAAGAAAAGUCUCCAAGUCCGAAAGGAAGCGAUAAGGGCGAGGACCGAGGCAAAAACCUGGGGGCGCAGCUGGAAAGGAGAGGAAAUGCCUGAGAGAGAGGGGAACAGGACCUGCUGGUAGUUGUGGCCGCGCCUCGUCGAACGCUGAAAAUCGAUCUCACAUUUGAUAUCCACAGCGAUACAAUUACCAAUCACCACCACCGAGGAAUAUCCAUUUUUAAGAGUAUCCUCAGAAUCACCAUUGGCCAUCCCUUGGAGGCCAUCGUCGAGGCAACAUACUCCAGUGGAAAAUAUCCUCUCAUUCUGGUAAAUCGAUACGCAGACGUCUGGCGACUCCCACCCCUCGGGAUUCAAACAAAAACACAUCACGAAUUAUGCCACAUCCGCAUCCUGGGCUGUAGCCUAUCAAUCGUUUAAUAACACGAGAAGGAGGAUGAGAACGUGACGCAAGUUGGCAGCCGAUUAUCGGCCAGCAGAAGGGCGUCACCGACGAUCGAGGGUGUACGAGGGUGAAUUGAUCAUCCAGAGGGUAAAUUAAAAAAAUCAGAUAAGAUGGCGGCGGCUUGCUACGAGAAGGAGAUCUCCAUCGAGAGCAUGAGUCUCGGUACGAAUGCACAUCAUUUUCAUCAUCACCAUCAUCAUCAUCAACGAGUGAAUGGCAAUCCAUCGACACCAGUAUCCACGAGUCGUCCAGGUACCACUGGACAGACUAUUCUAUCACCGACGGCCAGUGAAAUAGUCAUACCAACUAGCCCAUACAAAAAUGACAGCUUCAAGGAUUAUGCACAGCCACUGCACGUCGAUUGCAGCGUUGAGUAUGAAUUGCCAAGUCAGGCAAAACCACCACCAGGAGGUGGUGAGCCACUUCUUAUGAUUCAUCCGUGUUACUACAGACGUGCCGAGAGGGAGAGGCGAAGUCCAUUUGUGAAUAAUCUACCACCGAUGGGUACGUCGGUAUCGAGUAGAAAAUCGAGGGGACGAGAUAGUGUACAUCCAGCUAGAACUGGUGGUGAUGCUGGUGCUGUUAUGUCAAUAGCAACGGCAACAGCUGCCGUUACAACAACAUCGAGUGGUAAUAUUCACAUUGGUGACGCCCUGACAGCCUCGUCACCAUCGAUCAAUACACUCCAGAGGAGGAUACGUCUUGAUGACUGCAGUCAGGAAACUGACAUCAUGAGAGAUGAUAAGAAAAGAAUAAAUCAGCAGAGAAAUCCAGUAUUUACGUCAGUACCAGUUGCUAAUCCAGCGAAUCUCACGACUGCUGAUGAAAAAGCUGUUAUAUCUGGAAUUUAUCAGCAUUACUUCAGGGCUAUGAGAUCACAUCAGCCACAUAUUCAUCAGGAGGAGCAUGGACAGGUGACACAGCAGCAUCAUCAUAUUUAUGAUGAUCAUGUUGGAGCGGCUAGUCCAGCACCAGCUACAUUUCUCCAGAAUUUUCAGGUUCCUGCUGAGCCUGUAUCUACCACCACUAGACGACGGAGUCAUCCUUACAGGAGGGGAUGCUCUGGGUCUAGGGGUAAUAAUACUGGGGGCAUCAAUUCGUCUGGAUCCAGUGUUUAUGCAACGGCUAUGAAUAGGCACAGAGAGGCAUCACUUCAGGCACUCAGAAUGGCUGCUGCUGCUGUUGCUGCUGCUGCUGCUGCUGCCACUGGUGGCAAUGGAGCUACCACUGGGGGAUUCUAUGAGGCACCUGCGUACAGAGCUCUAUUACCCAGGAGCUAGGACCUGGUUAAGUGCUGUCGUUGGAAUUUUCGUAAGGUAUCGACGAUUUUAAGGAUUGGAAUUCAUCUGGGGAUUGGACUCUGGGUUGUUGCUGUUGUUGGGUGUUUGUG